UCCAUCAGUUUUAUCAUUAUCAUUCCUGCAACCAACACCGGAUCAACUAGCAGAGGCACUGCGAGCUCGCCAGGCUUCCAGAGCGUACAGGGUGGCCGAUCGAUCGAUCCACCGGCAAGCAAUGGCGGCGACAGGGAGCGCUAAGGGCCUCCAGUUCGCUGCAGCGUGCGGCGUUCUCAGCCGUUGCAUCAAGGCGGCGGAGGCGCGGCCGGCGGCCACGGUGGUCCUCCCCCUCAUGCCCGGAGCGGAAGUUCCCGCGCUGCAAGACGACCACGAGGCGGGUCCUGCGCCGGCGAGCGCGCAGAUGACCAUCUUCUACAGCGGGCAGGUGCUGGUGCUCGACGAGGUCCCGGCCGACAGGGCGGCCGAGCUGCUCCGUGCCGCUGCUGUCUCAGGCACACCGCGAGGGAGCUGCGCGGCGGCGGAUGGCGACCUGCCCAUGGCGAGGAAGGCGUCGCUGCAGCGGUUCAUGGAGAAGCGCAAGGGAAGACUCGUCGCGCGCGCCCUUCCCUGCAGCCGGCCCGACGGCGACGUGCCCCCCUGUAACCGUCUCACGCUUACGCUCUUCUGAUUCGUGUUCAAGCUUAGAGGCUCACCAAGUGUUUAUGCUUAGCUGUUUUAUUGGGGCUCGCCAGUAAAACUUUAUACUGCAAAUACAUAGUAUGACCGUUGACCCUACUGUUCUUAUGGGACUACUGUACUUGUUACGACUUACGAUCCUACUACACACAGAUCACAGGAACUACUGUCACAAUGUCCAGGAACAGAUUUCUCAAUCUCCGGGAAUAGAUUUCACAACCAACAGGAACAACUACAGAGAGAACAUGAAUUCAAGCGAGAUAGAGAGAGAGAGAGAGAGGAGAAGUAGUUCGCCCUUCCAGGGUACUUCGAUUCGGGGAAGAAUAUCUCGGUGCGGAUGCUCAGGAGCCGUAUCACGGGAGCACCUGAGCCUCGGUAGCACCAAAUAUUCUCCCUUUGAUUCAGUUGUAUGAUCCACCGGAUGCGCUCACCAGCCCCAAUGGCUGACUUAUAUAAUUGUGGCCCAGCAGCAUGCAUGUGACGCUUGGACUGCAUAGUCCCUUGUGAAUAAGUGUCCCUUGAUACA